AUGAGUGCAUCUGGUAAAAGUCUAUUGGGUCUGUGGCUCUAUCGCAGUGGUGAACAGGAAUGGGCUGUCAAACAGGGCAGUCCAUUGCAUGGACCACGCAACAAAAAAGAUUCCGUCGACCAGAUUGUAAGUGCUAGCACCAAUAAAGACUUACCAUGUACAAAGUUACAGUCCCGCAAUGGUACUGAUCGAAGUAACAUUGUUGUCUUGUUACCUCCCCAGGAAAAUCCUGGAUUGAAUAGCAAAACGGCGUUGAAUGCCAAUGAUAUGGUCAAUCCACCGGCACCAUGUUCGCCCGGCGAUCGUGUAUCGAUAAUUUUUACUCUGAAAAAUCAAGUUGGAAAUUUGGCUCGAGCUCUGCAGGUCUUUCAGGAAUUGGGUAUAAAUGUGUUGCACUUGGAGCUGUCGCCAUUGGAGAAUACCACCAAUCAGGCCGAUGUUGUCGUUGAUGUGGAAUGUGACCCAAAACGUUUGGAUCAAGUCCUGCAGAUGUUGAAUCGUGAAGUGCAUUCCGUGAAUUUUACAUCGGUGGAUAAAAGUGCAUUGGUUCGGGCGCCAUCAUUGUCGGCAUGUUCAAGUUUUGAUUUCGGUGACAUGAUGUGGUUUCCUCGCAAAAUUUCCGAUUUGGACAAGGCUCAAAAUGUGUUGAUGUAUGGUUCGGAAUUGGAUGCUGACCAUCCGGGAUUCAAGGAUCCCGUCUAUCGUAAACGUCGUGAGAAAUUCUAUUCAAUUGCGAUGAAUUUUAAACACGGAAAUCCCAUACCUAGGGUCCAGUAUACCCCAGAGGAAAUUAAAACUUGGGGUACCGUUUUCAAUGAACUACAUCGUUUGUACGUAAAAUAUGCUGUCCCCGAAUAUAUGGAAAAUUGGCCGGAAUUGGUUAAAUAUUGUGGCUAUCGUGAGGAUAAUAUACCCCAAUUGCAGGAUGUCAGUACAUAUUUGAAGAGAAAGACAGGUUUCCAGUUGAGACCAGUUGCGGGUUAUUUAUCGCCAAGAGAUUUCUUAUCUGGUUUGGCGUUUCGUGUAUUCCACUGUACUCAGUACAUAAGGCAUUCAUCGGAUCCAUUUUAUACACCGGAACCCGACUGUUGCCAUGAACUCCUGGGCCACAUGCCUCUGCUGGCCAAUCCCAGUUUUGCUCAAUUUUCUCAAGAAAUUGGCCUGGCUUCUUUGGGUGCAUCCGAUGCAGAUAUUGAAAAAUUGGCUACGCUCUACUUCUUCACGGUGGAAUUUGGUCUCUGUCAUCAACCGGAUAACUCCUUUAAAGUCUAUGGUGCCGGUUUGCUUAGUUCGGUGGCCGAGCUGCAACAUGCCAUUACAACCAAAGAGAAAAUCAAGAAAUUCGAUCCCGAGGUAACCUGCAAGGAGGAAUGUAUUAUAACAUCGUAUCAGAAUGCUUAUUAUUAUACGGAUUCAUUUGAGGAGGCCAAGGAGAAAAUGAGAGCCUUUGCUGAAAGCAUUCAACGUCCGUUUGGAGUGCGUUACAAUCCCUACACCCAAAGUGUUGAGGUCCUAUCGAAUGCCCAGAAAAUCACAGCCGUUGUCAGCGAACUGAAGGGUGACUUGAGUAUUGUCUGUUCGGCUUUGAGGAAAAUUUCGGCCACCGAUGAGACAUUGGAUGUUGACAGCAUUGCCAAAAUGUUGCAGACCAGUUUAAAUGUCAAGGGUGAUCGUAGCCCUCAGAAUGCCAUAAGUCCUGAUAAUUCGGAUAAUUCACAGCAUUCCAUUAUUAUGAAUCCCUUGGAAGAGGAGUUGAAUGAGAAAUAA